GUGGAGAUCGGACAACGGAGCGAUGGGAAAGACGUCGAACUGGCGACCCGCUGCCGGUCACAGAAGGCAAUACUGACCACCCAAAAACCCGACUCGGCAGCUUCAAGUCCGCCCAUCCCAGGCACACUUACAAAUAGGAAAUUGGAAGAAGAUAAAACGCGCCCCUCCGAUCGCACCAACUGCAGUCCCCCCGUUGGCCAACAGAGGCGCCUCCAGCAUCUUUCAACUACUCGAACAAACAUUGCAAACGUCAAGGAACAGAAUCAGGCGUUCGCGAGGGGCGGCCUGCCGGGGUCCUUUUUUUCGCCCCGUCUCGACUGGAGAGGAGAGCUACCAAGAUGGCAGCUACAGCUGCGCGGCGGUUGGGAGUGGCCGCGGCGGGGCUGGGUGGCCGCAAGAUAUAUGUUUAUUCAGACACACGACACUCCAAACCCAAACAGCUUGAAAUUUAUCCCAGGCAAGCCAGUCCUGGAAGCUAGAACUAUAGAAUUCACCUCUCCGGCUUCCACGUAUUGCUCCCCCUUAGCAAGGCAGCUUUUCAGGAUUGAAGGAGUUAAAAGUGUGUUCUUCGGAAGAGACUUCAUCACAGUAACAAAGGAAAGUGAAGAUACUGAUUGGAACAUAAUAAAACCAGAUAUUUAUGCAACCAUAAUGGAUUUCUAUGCUUCUGGAUUACCUAUUAUUACUGAAGAGGCACCUCGUACAGACACAGUUUCCUCUGAAGAAGAUGAUGACGUUGUAUCAAUGAUAAAAGAACUGCUGGAGACUCGGAUUAGGCCAACUGUCCAGGAAGAUGGUGGUGAUGUCAUAUUUAAGGGUUUUGAAGAUGGAAUUGUGCAGUUAAAAUUGCAGGGCGCAUGCACUAGCUGUCCCAGUUCCAUCAUAACACUGAAGAAUGGAAUUCAAAAUAUGCUGCAGUUCUAUAUUCCAGAAGUAGAAGGUGUGGAACAGGUUGUUGAUGAUGAUAAAGAAGAAGCAAACUCAGCCUGAAUUAGUGAAAGCUUUGGACUUUAUUUUCCAUCUGGCUUUGCCCAAGAUAGCCUGUUGAAAGAGGCCAACUUUCAUCACCACCUUUUCCAGACAUUUGGUGGACUGCUUUUAUCACUGAUUCUUAAGACACAAAGUCAAUAGUGUUCUUACCCAUCUUCUUUUCAGGGCUUUUUUUUUUUUUAUAAACACAAGAAAUAUGUAGAAUUUUGGUUCAAAUAAAUGUCAUAUAUUAUUAAAUCGAUUCCUUUUCGUGGAAUUCGAUAACUCCUGCGGUAUCCGGUAGCUGUAUUCUGAAGUUAACAGUGCCUUGAUAAAUACGAUGUGAGGCAGAGGAGGGAUACACCUUGAUUGCGUGUUCACAUUUAUUAAUUUGGAUAAGAAUUUAUACUUCACCUGAAAAGUGUAAAUGUGCCACAAAUGGUGUUACUAUGCUUAACUACCCUGCUGGUGAGUACAGCAAGGUAAUUAAAAAGUCCUAUGAUCCAACUAAUUUACAUUAUGCAACUGUGUGCCACUGGAAGAAUAUGUGCACUUUACAGGAGCUGGAACUCCUUAGGAAAACUGAAAACUAGCUUUUUCAGUGAAGGCAAACGUCAAACUGCUUUGCCUAAGUGGCUGGGUUUCUAGUUUGAGUGAGCAUGUGAUUGGAUGUUUAAGAUCAGCCUCUUUAGUGAACUAACUGAUUUGAUGAUAGGGGUUAAAAUCGUUUAAAAAUGUGACCACAGCAUAAAAUCUGUCUGCUGUUUGAAAUAUUUAACAUAGCAGCAGUUAGAAUUCCCACUGGGAAAAAAAAUGUAAUAGCUCGUAGUAAAAUUGAAAUUCAUAUUUUGAACUACCAUGUUACUUUUCCCUGAAGAAAAUGUAAGUAUGUAGCGUAUUCCCCAAAGAAAAAGCUGUUAAUUGGAGUCUUCAAAGUAUAUAAAUAACUGGUGUGUUUUGGUUUUCCAAAAUAAAGCAAAU